AUGCCUGAGUUCGCGGAGAAUGACAGCCCGGAGAGCAAUGCCCCGACCCCAGAGAUUGCUGCAGGGUUCAAGAAUGACGAGAAACAGCCAGCCAACUCAUCACGGUUUGUCCACCCUUCGGGCAAGAGCGGUCAUGGGCUUGGUAUGCAAAUACUACGGGGCAUUGCAUUCACCGUUUACUUUACAUUUUGCUGCUUUGCAAUCGUCGUCACUCAAACUAUCGGUGCCCCAUUGUACUUUAUCAACCGCGAGUGGUUUUACGCAUACAUGGCCAUGACAAAGCAGUCCUUUGCACUCACGAUUACUGUCAUGACUCAUAUUUGGGGCCCUGCUCUCGUUCGUAUUAGCGGUGAUGAGUCUGUAGCUGGACAAAUUUUGGCCACUCCUGGUGGCGGCGUCGAGUUCAAAUUUCCGGAACGCAUGGUUAUGAUUGCAAACCACCAAAUUUACACAGAUUGGCUGUACUUGUGGUGGGUUGGUUAUGCAAAUCGGCCAGGAAUGCAUGGGCACAUCUACAUCAUUCUCAAAGAAUCUCUAAAGUACAUACCAUUCAUAGGAACUGGCAUGAUGUUUUACGGUUUCAUCUACAUGUCGAGAAAGAUGGCUACGGAUCAACCCAGGCUAGCUUAUCGAUUGAACAAACUCAAGCAGAAGAAGAUUGACCCAUCGGGCAGGGCUUAUUUUGACCCCAUGUGGCUUCUUCUGUUCCCGGAAGGCACUAAUCUGUCCAGAAAUGGCCGGAAAAAGUCUUCUCAGUGGGCAGAAAAGAAUGGUCUCAAGGAUCCCGAUCAUGUCAUGUUGCCCCGAAGCACAGGCAUAUUCUUCUGUCUGAAUGAGCUGAAGGAUACAGUGGAUUAUGUAUACGACUGUACUGUGGCCUAUGAAGGAAUACCUCGAGGUAAAUACGGAGAAGAAAUCUUUGGGUUGGCAAGCACAUACUUUCAGGGCCGCCCCCCCAAGUCGGUAAAUCUGUACUGGCGGCGAUUUCGGCUUGCUGACAUCCCCCUCAACGACCAGAAGGAAUUUGACAUCUGGCUUCGGGACCAAUGGUAUAAGAAGGAUGCGUUAAUGGAGGAGUAUCUCAAAAAGGGCCGUUUCCCAGCCUUGACCGGAGGCAAGACCGAGUAUGUUGAGACUGAAGUCAGAACUAGACACCCGUGGGAAAUCUUGCAAGUAUUCACCGUUAUGGGAACCGCUGGGUUGCUGUGGCACAACGUGCGGAAGUUUCUGUCAACAAUCGCAGCCAAAGUGGGCACAAUGACUCGAAAAUCUAACCUCACUGUCUUGAGAGACCUACGACAGAAGAUCUCGCUCGUCUUUGCAGCUAUGAAGUCCCUCGAUAAGACGCUCUCUGUUAGUCAACUACUCCUUAACCCAAUCGCCGGUAAUGACGCCGUCUCUCCUACGCAGGUCGGGUCCAUCCUUCUCCGCGGGCAAACCUAG